AUGGAGGGGCUUCGAAGGGCGCAGGCGGGCGGCGGCCCCUGCUGGACGCUGCCCGCGCUGGUGGUGGCCUUGGCUGUGGCGGGGGCGGCUCGCCAGCCGCUCUUCUCUUUCCCUCAUGCCAUCAGCAACCUGGCCGUGAGCAGGGGGCGCGUGCUGGUGGCCAGCGGCCAUUGCGUUUACCAGCUGGAGACGACGCUGGCGCCCUCCGGGCCAGCCAAUCCCCAGCUCUUCUGCGUGAACCGCACCGACACGGUCAACAAACUCCUGCUGCCCUACGCCGAAGAGGAGGGCGGCCGCCUGAUCACCUGUUGGACCCAGCCCGACGGCGUCUGCUACCGGAGCAGCCUCAAUGGUCCCUACCCCAAGAGGACCAUGCCGCCAGAGAAUAAAAUUACCGACCACCUUGUCAGCUGCUCGCCGCGGGGCUCCUCGGUCGGGGAGAUGUUUAACUGCAGCGAACGCUGCUUCCUGGUGGUGGCCGCCACCACUUUGAAAGAUGCCACGGACAAUUGCACCGGCGAGGACACUCUCUAUAUCAUGCCAGAAAACGAGACCAGGGUGCCUGAGGAGAAUAGAUUGGCAUUGGCCCCGCCCUUGCCCGAACACCUCUACUUCGUGGAUACCUUUCCGUGGAGAGAAUAUCUCUUCUUCCCUUGCUAUCAUUUCAACGACCGCAAAAUCCUGCCCAAAAUGCUCAUCAUCCUUCCAAACCCCGGAAGUUUGAAGAGCAGCCAGACCGCCUUGCAGUGUGCUAACAAAACCCGGAUCCUUUCCUCCAGCCCGCUCAGCCUCCGGGAUGGCCGGGCGUUCUGGAUAGGGAUCUUCAGCUCAGACGAGGAGCAAAGGACGCCCACCUCGACAGCCCUUUGCCUUUUUGACCUGGAGCAGGUGCUAAAGCACGCCAAAGACUGCCAUUCCUCUGAUUCUGACAGCACAACACAGCCAGUUAACAAGUCGCCUUUUCUGAAUCACUCUAAUUUAGUAUCAGUUUAUGCCACUGUGAUUCUGAAAACUACUGUUCUGUUUUUAGGAACAGGAAAUGGACAGUUAUUGAAGGUUACCCUUGACAAGAAAAUGAGGCCAAAUUGCCCAGAGGUUUUGUAUGAAAUUGAAGAAGAAACGACAGUUUUUUACAAACUUAAAUUUGAUCCUCUGGAUAACAACUUCAUCUAUCUACCAUCCAAUAAAGAGCUCAGAAGAGUACAAGUUGCAAACUGCAGUAAGUAUAUUUCCUGUAAAGAGUGUUUAUCUGCAAUGGACCCAUACUGUGGAUGGUGCCAUUCGAAUAAAAGGUGCACUUUAAAAGAAGAAUGUUCAAAUAACACAAGGAACUGGGUAGACAUUUCAAAAGGAGCUGACAAAUGCCUGAAAAUCCACAUAUCUGGUACUUACAGAGGUGGGGUAACUGUGACUUCAGUUGGAAAUUUUUCAGACCUUUCUGAAAGACAUUCCAGUUGCCAGGUGAUUAAUGCACAGACCAACAAAUCACUUUGUGAAAAUAAGACUCAGACUCAAGAUAUCAUAAAGUGUUCCUGUUCUCUGCAUUCUGAAAUUAUAACUGGCAAAGUUCAAGUAUUGCUCAUUUCUGGCUCUCAGAAUUUAUCAGAAGUAUUUGAAUUUAACCACUGCUCUUUACAUAAAACAUGCUCAGAAUGUGGAGAUUCUGGCUGCACCUGGAAUGCCAGAGAACAAAUAUGUGUCUCAUCUGAUGUGACUUGCAAACGAAAGAUUGCUUGUGCUGGGCUUAUCAAUGCCUCGGAUGACAAAUAUUCUACACAAAUAUUACAGCCCAUGAACAUCACUUCAAUUAAACCUAUGUGGAUAUCAACAUUAGGCAAAAGUGAAUUACUGGUCAGAGGAACAAAUUUUACAGCAUCAAAUAUUUUGAUGGAGAUAAGUGGAACUAGUAGCUGCAAACCAGAUCACAUCCCUGUCACAGAAGUGCUAAAUGACACACACAUGAAAUUUUGUUUACCACCAAGUCGCAAAGAAGCCAAGAGCAUAUGUGUAAAGGCAGAUGGGUUUAGUUGUUCACUUCCUGUGCUACUGUACUAUGUCUCUCUCCCAGUAUGUUCUAGGAUCUUUCCAAAUAUCUCCUGGUUAAGUGGAGGUCGCAAUAUAACCAUACAUGGAAGAAAUCUAAAUGUGAUAGAUAGGUUGAUUAUUUCAGAUGAACGCAGACAAACUUUGGAUAAUUUUUCAUGUUCUGUAGAUAGUACUUGUCAUUUUCAGUCUCCAAAGACUGAAUCUAAGGAAGAGACUAAGUUUACUUAUCUUGAACUAGAAGUAGAGAAGAAAUAUGUAAAUUGCAGUACAUUACAGUAUGAUCCUGAUCCUAAAUUUAUUCACUACGAACUCACAACAGAUAUGGAACCUGAGCUGGAGUUAAAAAUACAUAAAGAAAAUGAUAAGUUAAAUAUUUUAGUAAAUGAGAUUGAGGUUGUUAUGAAUUAUGACAGUGCUGUGAAUAUAACUUUCACUGUGCAAAAUAUUACUAUAACUGAAAGUCGUAGUACUAUACACAGCAGAGCCAAGUGGGAAAAGAAUUUAAUUAAUGGAACAGUUGAUAUGUCCAAGGUGAAAGUCUGGGUGAAAGUAGGAAACCAUGAGCAUAUAGUUCCAAAUGAAUCACCCAACUAUUCAUUUCUUUUCAUUCUUUUGUUCAUCCCUGUAGUAAUUGGGGUUGCAGUCUUUGUCACUCAAAGAAAAUCCAAGCAAUUAAACCGCAAACUGAGUGAACACCUGGAACUACUGGAAUGUGAACUUCGCAAAGAAAUACGUUAUGGAUUUGCUGAACUACAGAUGGAAAAAUUGGAUGUGGUUGAUAGUUUUGAAACAAUCCCCUUCCUUGACUAUACACACUUUGUUCUUAGAGCUUUUUUCCCAGAGUCUGACAACUUGGCAUCUCUCUUCAUUGAAGACACUAGUCAACCACUUAGCAGAAAUCCACAUUGUAAGGAUGCAAGUAUUACAGCCUUGUUUGCAUUAAUCUGUAACAAGAAUUUUCUUGUUACUCUGAUCCACACUCUUGAAAAGCAGAAAACCUUCUCUGUGAAAGACAGGUGCCGGUUUGCAUCUUUUUUGACAAUUGCAUUGCAAACAAACCUAGUCUACUUAACCCAUAUUCUAGAAGUUUUGAUGAGAGAUCUGAUGGAACAGUCUAGCAAUAUACAACCCAAGCUUAUGCUAAGGCGUACGGAAUCAGUAGUGGAAAAGCUGCUGACAAAUUGGAUGUCUGUUUGCCUGUCAGCUUUUCUUCGGGAAACUGUUGGAGAACCAUUCUAUUUGCUUGUAACAACACUCAAUCAAAGGAUAAGUAAAGGUCCUGUAGAUGCAAUAACAUGCAAGGCCUUGUACACACUGAAUGAAGACUGGUUACUGUGGCAAGUAACUGAAUUCAGCACAGUGGGAUUGAAUGUUAUGUUUAAAAAUCCUCCGGAGAGUGAAGCUGAAGACACUACUCAGAAUAUCCAGGUUAAUGUUUUGGACUGUGACACCAUAGGACAGGCUAAAGAGAAGAUCCUGUACACCUUUCGAAACAAAAAUGGAUCUCUUUAUGGGCUCCAGCUCAACAAAAUGGGCCUUGCCCUUCAGUCAGAUACGCAAGCAAGAGAACUUCUAGAUGUAGAUGCUUCCUCUGUUAUUCUGGAAAAUGGAAUUACCAAGUUGAACACCAUAGGCCAUUAUGAGAUUUUGGAUGGCACAACUGUUAAGGUCUUUAAGAGGACAAGUCUCUUACCAGAUGUGGAAUACUCCUGUGAAGACUUUUGCCAUCUGAUUUUACCAAAUUCUGAAGCUGCCAAAGAUGCACACAAUGCAAAACAUAAAGGAAAACAAAAGUUUAAAGUGAAGGAAAUGUAUCUCACCAAACUCCUAUCUACAAAGGUUACAAUUCACUCAGUUGUUGAAAAGCUAUUUAGGAGUAUUUGGACUUUGCCCAACAAUAAGGUCCCAGUUGCCGUCAAAUAUUUUUUUGAUUUUUUGGAUGCUCAGGCUGAAAAUAAAAAAAUUACAGAUCCUGAUGUGGUUCAUAUAUGGAAAACCAACAGUCUUCCUCUUCGCUUCUGGGUGAAUAUAUUGAAGAAUCCCCAAUUUGUCUUUGACAUUAAGAAAACUCCACAUAUUGAUGGUUGUUUAUCAGUUAUUGCUCAAGCAUUUAUGGAUGCCUUUUCUCUGUCAGAGCAGCAACUAGGAAAGGAAGCACCAACAAAUAAACUUCUUUAUGCUAAGGAUAUCUUACUUUAUAAAGAGGAGGUUAAAGCUUUCUAUAAAGCAAUAAAGGAGUUGCCUUCAUUGUCCACUUCAGAGCUGGAAGAAUUUUUAACUCAGGAAUCACAGAAGCAUGAAAAUGAAUUUAAAGAAGCUGCAGCAUUGACUGAGAUUUACAAAUACAUAGAAAAAUACUUUGAUGAAAUACUGAAUAAAUUGGAGAAAGAACAAGGACUAGAAGAAGCACGGAAUCAGCUCCUGAAUAUAAGAGCUUUGGCUGAUGAAAAGAAAAAAUGCAGAUGGGAAGUAGAUGAGCUUAAUGAUCCAUGAAUGUGAUAGAAUGAAUUUUUAAAAUUGCUACUUUGAUUCAGCAAAAAGUCAAAUUAUUGACCCCAGUCCAGUUCUAGCCCAGCAAGUUGCACGUAGUAGCUAAUGAUUCCAGAUGGGAAAAGUGUAACUUAGGGUGCAGCAGAAGGUUCAUCUACAGCAGUUCAGAGGCCCCAGAGAAACGCUGCAUUGAAGCUGUAGACACACAUGCAGAU